AUGUCCCUAUCAAAACAAGGAGGGUCAUCAACACCCGGCGGGGCACCGCCUGGGAAAAAGCGCAAAAUAGAUAGCGAAAAUCGCUCAUUCCAGCAGCGUUGGGAGUACGAGUACUUUUUCGUGGUCGUUGACGAGAAGCUAACCUGUCUUGUUUGCAAUACUGUCAUCGCUGUUCGGAAAGAGUUCAACCUGAAGCGACACUACUCAACUCAUUCUGAACAAUUCAAGAACUUGAGUGCCCCACAGCGUGUCGCGAAACUGGAGGAACUAAAGGAGGCUCGGGCGUCCAGUAAUGCCAAAACAACAUCUGCUCCGAACCGUCUCAUGACUAGAAGCGGUACUGCGUUGCACGCGAGCUUUGUUCUGAGCGAUAUGUUGUUGAGGCGGGGAAAGCCCUUUACUGAUGGCCCCUUCAUCAAGGAGUGCCUCAAAACUGCGGCGAGUAUUGUCGCUCCCGAUGCCGUCGCGCACUUCGAGACCAUCAGCCUGUCGCCGAACACCAUCGCGGACAGGGCCGAUGACAUCGCGAGGGAUCUCGCCAGCCAGCUGCGGCGCAAGGGUGCAACAUUUUCGCACUUUACGCUUGCUUUGGAUGAGAGUACGGAUUUAACCGAUACGGCGCAGCUGGCAAUAUUUGUGCGCGGCAUCGACGAGGAGAUGAACAUCCUGGAGGGGCUGCUCGACCUGGUCCCCCUUCGCGAGACUACUAAAGGACUCGAUAUCUUCAACGCUCUUGUAGCUGUGGUCCAAAAGUAUCGCCUUGAGUGGGACAAGUUCGUGGGGCUGGCCACCGACGGCUGUCCGUCCGUGAGUGGGGACAAAAAGGAUGGUUUAGUGGCGCGUCUGCGGGUGCACCUGAAAAGCCUUGGACUUCCCUCAGACUUCCCCCAUGUGCACUGCAUCAUCCACCAGGAGGCCUUGUGCGCAAAAUCGUUGCCUGCAGACGAGGUGAUGAACGUCGUUGUGAAGGCGGUCCGCUGGCUCAGCAGAGCAAAGGUUUUGAAGGUGUUUUUCGAUUUGCGGGACACCAUAAAAAUAUUUUUAAAGGAGAAAAAUCAUCCUAUUCCCGAAUUGGACAAACCAAAGUGGGUCGCCGAGUUGGCAUUUUUAGUUGAUGUAACGGGGCAUCUAAAUAAUCUCAACCUAAAACUGCAAGGGAAGGGUCAUGUCAUCUCAGACAUGCUUCAAGCUGUGCAGGGAUUUGAAAUGCGCCUCACUUUGUUCGAGGAGCAAUUAAGGAAAGGGGAAUUGUUUCAUUUUGAGUCUCUAAAAUCUUUGUCUAGUUCUGAGUUAGAUCUCAUCAAGUUUGCAAACAUUGUAAAAAAAUUAAGAAUUGAAUUUGCAGAUAAUUUUAAAGAUGUGCGUAAAAUGCAAACUGAGAUUUCCCUCAUGACAGUACCCUUCACAAUGCCCCUUCCUAAAGUACCUUUACCUCUUCAAAACGAAGUGAUUGAUCUGCGUUGUGACAAAGUGCUCGAAUCUCGAUUUCCAACAAUGAAGCUAGUAGAGUUUUGUACUUUAUUAUCGGCGGAAAGGUUCCCUCAACUGAAGGGGCUGUCUCGCCUGACUGACGAGCAUCUCACAGCACAACUAAGAGUCAUGGCUCGAAAUAGUUUGCAGCCUGACUUUAAUAAUUUGAUACUGGAGAAAAAUGCUCAAGUUUCUCCGACUCACAGUGGGAGAUUUGGCCUCAAAAUUGCGACAAAAGUCAAAAAUCUAAUCUUUAGAAUCAACGGAUUUUUAUGUUUGAUAUCGGUAGAUGACACCUAA